AUGUACGCUCGCUAUUACAAUUUCUGCCCUUCCUUUCAUUCCUGCGGACACGUUUAUCCCUUGUUGCCUGUCCCAAAUCCGUAAUUAUUCUCUGAAGUAAGGGCAUUUCUUUCCGCUUUACAUAAUAGUUUGGUUUGGUUCUCCACUCCCCACUUUCCACCACCAGACCACCAGGAGACGCUUCCCACACACGGUCUCAACAGAAUCCAUUGUAGAGAGAGAAAUCCUAGACGGACAUAUAUAGAUAUAGAGAGAGGAGGGGGAGGAGAGUCUGAUGAAGUUACCGGAAGGCGAUCGUCGGCGAUCCAGGGAUCGGCCGGCGGUCCGGGAGCCUCCGGUGGCCAGGGUGCCGCUGAGGAAGCUCUUCAGAGUCGCAUCGGUGGCCUGCGGCAUACAGUUCGGGUGGGCUCUGCAGCUGUCGCUGUUGACGCCUUACGUUCAGGAGCUCGGAAUUCCUCACGCUUGGGCUAGCGUGAUUUGGCUCUGCGGCCCGCUGUCUGGUUUCUUCGUCCAGCCACUGGUCGGCCACACGAGCGACCGGUGCACCAGUAGGUUCGGCCGCCGGAGACCUUUCAUCAUCGCCGGAGCUUUGUCGAUCGUAAUCGCCGUGCUCGUCGUCGGCUACUCCGCCGAUCUCGGAUGGUUGUUCGGUGAUAGUGCGAGAAGUGGAACUAAGGUCGGAGCGAUCGCUGCUUUUGUGUUAGGAUUUUGGUUACUGGAUGUUGCCAACAACAUGACUCAGGGACCUUGCAGAGCUUUGCUCGCCGAUCUUACCGGUAAGGAUCACCGCAGGAACCGAGUGGCAAAUGCUUACUUCUCACUGUUCAUGGCUGUGGGUAAUGUCCUUGGAUUUGCAACUGGAUCAUACAGUGGCUGGUUCAAGAUUUUACCAUUCACUCUCAGUCCUGCAUGCGGCACAGAUUGUGCCAAUCUCAAGUCUGCCUUCAUUCUUGAUGUUGCUUUCAUUGCAAUUACUACAUCCAUAAGCAUCUCAGCUGCCAAUGAGCUGCCCCUGGACCAUAGCCACCCUCACUCACAUGAAGAAAUGCCUGGACAGUCGAGCAAUUCUCAAGAAGCUUUCUUGUGGGAACUAUUUGGAACAUUUAGAUACCUUUCAGGUCCUGUUUGGGUUAUCCUGCUUGUUACUGCUUUGACUUGGAUUGGCUGGUUUCCGUUUCUCCUUUUUGAUACUGAUUGGAUGGGUCGGGAAAUUUAUGGUGGCAAGCCGAAUGAAGGACAGAACUAUAACUUGGGAGUUAGAAUGGGUUCCUUUGGUUUGAUGGUGAAUUCAGUGUUUCUUGGAAUAACAUCAGUCCUCAUGGAAAAGCUGUGCCGGAAGUUGGGGGCUGGUGCUGUAUGGGGAAUUUCAAACAUCCUCAUGUCUUUGUGCUUUAUAUCAAUGCUUAUAAUUUCUCACAUAGCAAACAAUGUUGAUAAAGUUGGUGAUCUACCUCCAGAUGGUGUUGUAGCUGCUGCAUUAAUAGUUUUUGCAAUUCUUGGCAUUCCUUUGGCAAUCACUUACAGUGUUCCGUAUGCCUUGAUAUCAUCACGUAUAGAGUCUUUGGGACUUGGACAAGGAUUAUCAAUGGGUGUUUUGAAUCUGGCAAUUGUUAUUCCCCAGAGAGUGAAGAGACUCAAACAAUAACAUAUAAUUGCAGUUAGAUGGACUAGCUUGUUCUUGGCUUCACUUUCAAUGCUGUAAUACUCUCUUCAGUGCCUGCUUGAUGGCAGCUGGGGGAAGUACUUGAAGCCUUUAGUACAGCAACACGUUGCUACUUUGGGUCCCCCGGGGGGGUGGAAUUCUUGGAGGGAUCCUCCCUCCAAAGAAAAUUACUUGCCUACAGUUUAUGCUUUAAUGCAUGACUGAUAUUCUUAUUUCAUUCUUCCACCUAUAGUGAAUGGGGACGUUGCUUGCCCCACUGAAUUAUUGGGAAAGUAAUGUAAUUUUUAAUUUGUAAA